UCAAAGAACUUAAAAAUAAAUUCAAAGUGCUCUCUGAUCUAUUCAACGAUAUUAAAGAAGAAGUUAUGAUUCAAAAAAGCAUCCAAGAAGAUAUCAAUUACCAUUUCUCAAGACUUGAAUAUUUUGCAGAAAUACCAGAUGAUGACGGUGAUGAAACAGUUUUCAUAGGACAACAAAAUGUCAAAGAAUCUAUGAAUUAA